AUGAAAGCAAAGAUAAAAAAUUUAGAAAACUUCAGAAACUCCAAAAAAAAAAAAUUAUUAACCACACAACUAUUGCCAACAACAAUGACAUUAGAAGAUGUUAAUAAGCACCGUAGUGACAUUAGGAGCCCACCAGGCAGCAAACGACGAUUCAAACGAAACGGCGUAAGCAGAGCAGCAAAACUUUGGCCCAACGCUCGGAUUCCCUACACAAUAUCGUCACAGUAUACCAGCCACGAGCGGGCUCUAUUGGCUCGAGCUGUCAAAGAGUACCAUGAUAAAACCUGCAUCAAGUUCGUACCACGAACCAGCGGCGAAGAUGACUACUUGUUUAUUGGGAAAGUGGACGGCUGUUUCUCAGAAGUAGGACGAACAAGCGGCGUCCAAGUUUUGUCGCUGGACAAUGGCUGCUUGGAGUAUGCAACAAUAAUCCAUGAGAUGAUGCACGUUGUUGGAUUUUACCAUGAACAUGAACGGUGGGAUCGAGAUGACUACAUAGAUAUAAUAUGGCAGAAUAUUGACCGAGCUGCUCUAGACCAAUUUGGGAAAGUAGAUUUAAGCAAGACAUCCUACUACGGUCAGCCGUAUGAUUAUAAAUCAAUUCUCCACUACGACAGUCUCGCAUUUAGCAAAAAUGGUUACCCAACAAUGUUGCCCAAACAAAAAGGGUACGCAUCAACAAUUGGAAAUGCCAAAGAUUUUAGCGAAAUCGAUCUUGCCAAAAUUAAUCGAAUGUAUGACUGUCAAAAUAAACAAUAUGGGGGCAUACGCUUUGCAGACUGCGAAGACCGGAUAACUGUAUGUUGGUGGAGUCAAGAUCGAUGUCAUUCUCCACGGCUUCACAACAUGAUGAAAGCCCUUUGUGCAAAAACGUGCAACUUUUGCUGA